AGUAUUAUCUUCCUUUGACUAAACCCUCACCCUCUUCUUGACAAAGUCAAUCCCCUCCUGAUUCAGACCGACCGUUUCUUUAAACGCACACGCAUUCUUCUUGUAUUCAUCUGAUCUCCAAACAACUAUCAGAUAGAAAACGCAAACAUCUGUAUGUAUAUUUAUAGUGACUUAGAUCGAAGAUAGAUAUCGAUCUUAAGCAAUGGAAAAGCCAGUGAAGCCAUCAAAGGCAAAGAUGAUUUUGAAGUUCCUGCCAAAAUCGGCUGCCAUCUCGUUCCAAAGCUUGCCAUUCAGCCCGGGCAGAGAUAAAAGACCGGCGGAUAUUAAAACCCAUUGCUCCGGUCCGAUAAUAUCCAUUAUUCCGGCCGAGGCUCGAAGAAAAUCAGGUAUGGAUACCCAAGAACCAAGCUCGCCCAAAGUUUCAUGCAUUGGUCAAAUCAAGCACAAGAAGAAACAGAAGAUGCAGCACCAAAAAAGAAGCGGCGAGAAGCAGCAGCUGCCUACUAAGAAAGACUAUGCCAGGUCUCUUACAACGUCCUUUCAGGAGAGAUCGUCUUCGUCGGCGGCUAUUGGGAAAAUAUUUCAUGGGAGAAGAUCUGAUGCUUCGGCGGCCGACAGCUCUAGGCUCCGCGACUGCGAGGACGCGCCAAGUCUGGGUAAGAUGAAGCGCUUUGCAAGCGGUCGAGAAACACUGUCGGAUUUCAAUUGGACUACGGCAUCCACGGCGACGGCGCAGGUCGUGCCUCACGCCCGGAAAUGUUGUUUAGAUGAUGAUGAUGAUGAGGAAGAUGAAUAUGAAGAGAUUAUUAUUCCUUUCUCCGCUCCAAUGUUUGGUGGACAUGGAUCAACAACGUUGCCUUUGGAACCAAGGAAGGAAAUUAAUCUGUGGAAAAGGAGGACCAUGGCUCAACCUAAGCCUCUUCAAUUAAACGCCAUGACUAGAUCAAAAUGAAACACAUUGAGUAAUAAUCUCCAGAGAAGUAGUAAUUUCUUAUACUCCGUAAUUAAAUUUGUAUUUUUCUUUAUUCAUUUAAUUUGUUCACUUCUCGGUAAACCAAUUAGUUUGUGCAGGAACCUUUUCUUAGAAAUUACUCCGUAUAUUAUUGUUGGAUGUAUGUAUAUAUUGUUGGCGUA